CGGGCCAGACACCGCCGAGCUCCUGGCCAGCGCCGGCGCGGCUCUUCCCUCCUGGAUUCCCCACCUGCCCGCUGUCCCUGCUGUCCCUGCUGUCCCUGCUGUCCCUGCCGCCGCCCGCCACACCCACACUCCGCCUCCAGGUGGCCUCAUGGCUGCAACCUGCGAGAUCAGCAACGUCUUUAGCAACUACUUCAGUGCUAUGUACAGCUCCGAGGACCCCGCCCUGGCUUCUGCGCCCCCUGCCGCCGCCUUUGGAGCCGAUGACCUGGUGCUGACCCUGAGCAACCCCCAGAUGCCGCUGGAGGGCACAGAGAAGGCCAGCUGGUCGGGGAAGCAGCCCCAGCUGUGGUCCAAGGCCCAGGUUCUGGACUGGAUCAGCUACCAGGUGGAGAAGAACAAGUACGACGCCAGCGCCAUCGACUUCUCGCGGUGCGACAUGGACGGGGCCACGCUGUGCAACUGCGCCCCCGAGGAGCUGCGCCUGGUCUUUGGGCCCCUGGGGGACCAGCUGUACUCCCAGCUGUGGGACCUCACCGCCAGCUUCCCUGACGAGCUCAGCUGGAUCAUCGAGCUGCUGGAGAAGGACAGCAUGGCCUUCCAGGAGAGCCUGGGCCCCUUCGACCAGGGCAGCCCCUUCAGCCAGGAGAUGCUGGAGGAGAGCCGGCAGGCCGGCCCCUACUUCCCCGGCAGCUACGGCCCCGGCGCCCUCUCCCCGGGCAGCUCCGACGUCUCCACCGCAGGGACUGCCACCUCCCAGAGCCCCCACUCCUCAGACUCCGGUGGAAGUGACGUGGACCUGGAUCCCACUGACAGCAAGCUCUUCGCUAGGGACGGCUUUCCUGACUACAAGAAGGGAGACCCUAAGCACGGGAAGCGGAAACGGGGCCGGCCCCGCAAGCUGAGCAAGGAGUCUCGGGAGUGUCUGGAGGGCAAGAAGAGCAAGCACGCCCCCAGAGGCACCCACCUGUGGGAGUUCAUCCGGGACAUCCUCAUCCACCCAGAGCUCAACGAAGGCCUCAUGAAGUGGGAGAACCGGCAAGAGGGUGUUUUCAAGUUCCUGCGAUCAGAGGCCGUGGCCCAGCUGUGGGGCCAGAAGAAGAAAAACAGUAGCAUGACGUACGAGAAGCUGAGCCGAGCCAUGAGGUACUACUACAAACGGGGGAUCCUGGAGCGGGUGGACGGCCGGCGGCUGGUCUACAAGUUCGGCAAAAACUCCAGCGGCUGGAAGGAGGAAGAGGCUGCCGGGAGUCGGAACUGAGGGCCUGAAGUGGACCCAGGACCAAACGCACGGACUUGAGCCCGCGGGCCCUCCCGGGAGCACCGCCGGGCCCCACCGCCGGGCCCCACCUGGGCGGGCUUCGGCCGCGCUGUGGAGAGAUGCCGACGUCCGGCACCUCGUUCUGCCGUCAUCCUGGGAUCCGGGGCUGUGGCCUCUCCUGUCUGCCCUCCUCCUGGAGUUACGAGCCCUGGGGUUGGAGGCGGCUCGUCUGCUGACCGUAGCUGCCGGGGCAGCUCCUUUGACCCGACGUGUCCUCAGACCCGACCCAGACAGCAGCCGCAGACACGACGUUCCUCCUACAGACGCCUGGACUGAGCCACGGGGCCGGGGGAAGCCCCAGAGGCCUGCGAGAUGGGGACGGAGGGGCCUCGGGCACCUGCCCUCUGGACUGGCUCCCACCCCAGUGCUUGGACUCCGCAGGCAGGGGUCAGAGCACUCCCUAAUUUAUGUGCUAUAAAUACGUCAGAUGUA